AAUCUCGAACAAGUCUUCAAACCUCACACAAAAGCAGUUAACGUUAUGGCUGUUGAUGAGCAAGGCGAACUUCUGGCUACUGGGGUAAUUUUAGACUGUUUAAGAGGCAAAAGAAAAAAAACUAAGCAGUAAAUCUCUCAUUCACACACACACCUUUGAGCAAAAUGUAAAUAGAAGUAAAAAACAGAUGUUUGUACUUUGAUGUAAAAUUUGUCCUUUUUGGGAGAACGUUAGAACAUUGGACGAAAUAUUUGGACCCCCUCGGAAAUCUUUCGCGUGUCAAGUUUUUUUACCAGGCUAUGUCCACACGAAUCUAAAAGAUAUUUAUCUGUUUAGGAAUUCAUCCACACUAGAAGUCAUUUUCGAUGAUCGUUUAUUAUUUCUUUAUUCACGCGGGGACGAGAAUCGUACAUCUGACAUAUAUUUGUGGUCGACAUUGCUUUAAAUCUUGGUUUUCCAACAAAAAGAGUACUAGUUAUGUCACAAUGAAGUAAUGUUACUGUCUUUAUGUUUUUCCACUGACAUGGAGACGUUAUUCUUUUCAGAGCGAUGACUGUACAGUGUUUUUCUUCACCGUUGGUGAUACUUACAAACCCGUUGGUUUUAUUGAAACUGCCUCCCCGGUUGUCGCCAUGGAAUGGUCGGAAAAGAAAGGAAAG